AUGUCGACCCCUGAUACUGGCCAGCUUCAGCCUGGACUUACCCAGUCCCUCGCUGCCAUCUCGCGACCAGUCGUAACAACCAUGAUGGCGGUAGUGGUGCUUGAAACAUUGUUGUUUGGGAUCUUUGUGGUUUUGCUAGUCACGCACACGUGGCUGCGUCUUCAAUAUCGUUCCAAGGAGGGAAGCCCUGGAUGGAGAGCGUCGCCGCUUAUGCUCACGUCGCUGGCGAUAUUUUCUCUGUGCGCAUUGCAUUGGUCUUUGACUAUUGUCGCGUUCUUCUUUGGAUUUCUCAACGGAACGGGUAGCUUAGGUCUACUCGGCUUGAUGCUUUUCUACUUCCAAAAGAUGAAGAUGGUCGUAGCAGUGCGAGGUGUCCUCACUGUUUUGACGAUUCUCGUUGGAUACAUCGCCCUCAUUUAUCGAACUUGGGUUAUCUGGAAUCGUGACAUCCGGGUAGCAGUGUUUCCUAUCGCAUUAUGGCUUGGCCAGCUAGGAAUGGGUGCGGCAAUAGCGGUCCUGACCUUCCGCAAUAGGGAUAACAUACUCACGCUUUUCAACAACUCCGUCUUCACUGCCAAUUGGGUUCUCAUGCUUUGCACGAAUCUAUAUUGCACCCUUUUCACUGCAUGGAAAAUAUGGAUCACCUGUCGACCGAUAGGUGGUUCAAGAGCCAAGAUGUUUAUGGCCGUCCUUGCGGUUUUGCUCGAGAGUUACGCGAUCCUGGCGGCAUGGCUUGUGCUUUUUAUCGUAACACACCAAACUCGUUCUGUUAUCGAGCUCGCAGCCGUCAAUCUGACCCCACAGAUUAUUGGGAUCGUGAACACUCUCAUUCUUAUCCGUGUAGGCCUUCAACGCCCUCCUCCGCAAGCAACAACCAGAGAAUUGGUGUUAACCACCAUGGCAUCGAUGGGGGAGGUAGAUAGUAGAGUUACAGUGCUGGAAAGUAAAUGGCUCUGA